CCUUCAGAAGGCGGUGGUGUGCAAUAUUUUAUUGUGUUAUGAGAUGGCCUUAAUGCUGUAAAGCACUUCUCAAUUUAUUAAGGGGAUUUGACAUGGAGCAAAUUGAGGAAGUUGUUUUCAGUCGCAAGCCAAUGAGUUCGUUUAGUACUUUUCUUCAAUCAGGCUGACCAAAAUCAAAAGUGAAACUGAAUGCACCAACGGUAUUUGCAAUUGAUCUUGAAAACUACGCACCAAAUAGAUUGCAAGUUCCAGUCUAUACAGACAGAUACAGGCCGGAAAAUGGGGAAAAUCUAUGAAGUAUUUGUGCUGGGAUUGAAAGGGGAAAGAAUAACUGUUGAUGUUUCACAAUCUGAGACAGAAUUUCACGCAAUGCCCGUUCACAAGUUUAAGGAGCUCUUGCUGAAGAAAAUCCCUGGAGGAACAGCCGGGGCAAACGAAUUGCGCCUUCUUUUUGCCGAAAAACAUUUGGAGGAUAACAAAACAUUCUCUGACUACAACAUCAAGGAUCAAUCAACAAUCCUUUUGGUGUUACGUCUGCCCGGUGGAGUGGUACAGAGAGAAGGUUUCGGAGGCCUUAUCAUACUGCUUAAAAAAUGACAUUCCAAUUACCUGAUGGAUCUGUCCAAUCGAACUCUGAAAACCCGAAAUCGCUAUGUUAUUCGAGGAAGCUGACAUUACCGAAAUGUUAACGUCACUGCGUGUUAAUUACUUUAGAAAUAUCUUUCAUAGCAUUAGUACGUAUGUGCUAUGAUAAAUCACAACUUGUAUUUUAACAUUGAGCCUGUAGAAGAGCUUGUUUAUUUGUUCUCUCCUCAUAAGUGAUCUUUUGUAUUCCUAAUAAAUUU